UCUACGUGGGCGUUUUGGGUCAGCACAACCCACACAACGGCGUAUUCCUAUACGAAGAAAAGAAAGAGAGGCCACUUUUCGCACCCGUCACUUAAGCAGGGAACCACCGCGAGUGUAUCAAAAUGUGUAAAGUGAAAAUUUUAAGAGCCUUGGUGGAGCAGCGACUUAACGUGGCCGUCGAAGAGAUUUUCGGAAUGUUCGAAAGAACCAUCGCCGAGUACGAGGAAGAACUUUGCCGAACAAAAGAGGAGAACGUGCGGCAACGCGAACUUCUCGACAGUGUGUUCAACCAUCAAACCGGACUGCACGCAUCAGACGUGCAGCAGGUGUUGGUGGAGAGUCAAGAUGAUGAUGAGGAGGAAGAAGAAGAGGAGGAGGAGGAGGUGCUCGCAAAGCUCCCCCACAUUAAAGAGGAAGAGGAAGAGGAGGACGUGUGGAAGAGUCCACCCUUACCAGAGGCGGACAUCACCGCGUUCACGUUGUCCGAUGUCUGUGUGAAGACCGAAGAUGACGACGCUCACUCCUCGCGGCAUCAAAGUGAGGAGACCAGAGGUGGCGGCUCCAGUCAAACCCUGACAACAGAAGCCGGCGGAGAACACUGCGAAGAUCUCUGCUCGCCAGCAAACAUCAUGGCGCCAUUAUCUGAUACGGAAGACCUGAUGUCACACUCUUCCGACACCGACAACAACAAAGAAGCUUCCAACUCCAAAGGUGAAAGAAAACUCUUCGUCUGCUCCGACUGCGGUAAAACGUUUGUGAACAAAAGCGUUUUGAAAAACCACAUGGUCACGCACACGGGAGAAAAACCUUUUGCGUGCUCGGUUUGCGAUAAGAAAUUCUCCUUAAAGCAUCACGUGAACAGGCACAUGAGAAUCCACACGGGCGAGCAUCCCUAUUCUUGCUCGGUUUGCGAGAAAGGAUUCCGCGACAAGUUUGGCUUGAGGAGUCACAUGAGCAAACACACCGGCCAGAAACCGUAUUCGUGUCCAAUUUGCGCCAAAGGUUUGUCUUGUAACUCGUCGCUGCGGAUUCACAUGAGAUUACACACUGAGGAGAAACCCUUUAUGUGUACCGUUUGCGGCAAGGGUUUCUCCGGUAGUUCGUCUUUCAGCGUACACCUGAGACAACACACGGGGGAGAAGCCUUUUGUCUGCCCCAUUUGUAGCAAAUGUUUCUCCCGUCAAGAAACACUCACCGUGCACAUUAAACGUCAUACUGAGGGCCAACAGUAACUGGGGACACAAUGCAACUGCUAAUUUGCCUGUAGUCAGAGUUGAAACCAUAAUUAUACCACAUGUACCAAACCUGUUGAGCUACAUUUCUAGCGUUUAACCGGCAUGGCAAUUAAAUCGGCCUUUUAUGGCUCUUCAAACAUCAGCCAAAAUAAUCGGUCUAAUGGGUGAUUGUUUUUACCUUAAUGUUCUCUAACCAUUUACCGCCAUUGUACACUGGUCUCAUUGUUUAUGAUACAAAAAUCCAUACCUUGUAACCUUGUAUUCUUAAUUAAAUCUAUGACAAGGAUUAUUGUCCUUCUAAUUUCAUUCAUACCCCACCCAAGGCAAUCUGGGAACCGAGAAAAGGAAAGUUGUUUAUUUGAACAAUUACAGUUACACUUUGGAAUGAGGAUCAGGCUGGCGCAUGAAUAGAGAACAGCCGCGUAUAAUUGAUGCCCAUUCUAGUGUAUUGGGGGUAUUUUUUGAAUGCAUUAUAUAUUGCUUAAAUUAAUCAGCCAAUUGAUUGAUAAUCUGUAUUUUUUUUUUCUGC